CGUCGAGGCGCCACUCGUUCCCUGAAGGUCUUUCUCUACACUUCGCGGCAUGUUUGCAAUCCGCAACCCGCGCACUCGAACUCCGCCUGAUAAGCGCGCUAAUUGCCACCAUUAAACUCCUUUAUCAAAAGCAACUUCAUCCAAAAAAUAGAAGACUGUAGAUUUAACGUAAUAACCGUUAGUUGUAAUCAUCUAUGGUGUAGCUAGUUUAGUGAACUCCUGUGAUUUUAAUUCCCCAGUGCAGUGUUAGUGUCUCUUGGUGCACAAUCUCGAAUUAAAAGUAGAUUAUUCGGAUGAUCGCAAGCGCUCGAAGAAAUAAUCGGAUAGAAAAUGACACACUGGUGAGAGACUCGGCGAUAAUGGUAACAAAUUACAGUGCUGGUGGUAAUGUUGAAGGACCCCUCUAAGCGCAAUGGAGAACGCACGAGAACUUUUGUUCUUAGGCCUUUUGUUUGUAGCUUGCGUGGGUGCCGUGGAGACUUAUUCCAACGAGGGGUUCCUGAACGGCAACGUCAGCACAUAUCCCUACUUCGAAUUCAAUGUACCCCGAAAUGUCACCACCGCAGUCGGCCAGACUGCCUUCCUGCACUGUAGGGUGGAACAGUUGGGAGACAAGGCGGUUUCGUGGAUUCGUAAACGGGAUCUUCACAUUUUGACGGCGGGAAUAUUGACAUACACGUCCGACCAGAGGUUCCAAGUGAUUCGACCAGACAAGUCGGACAAUUGGACGUUGCAGAUUAAGUUUCCACAGCUCCGGGAUUCCGGAGUAUACGAGUGUCAGGUUAACACCGAACCCAAAAUGUCACUUCCAUUCCGGCUGAAUGUUAUCGAAGCAAAAGCUCGGAUCCUGGAAGCCAGCGACCUGCACGUCAAGGCGGGCAGCUUGGUGACGCUCACCUGUGUCAUCAAUCAAGGACCACACGACCUGGGGACGGUUUUCUGGUACAAAGGCACGGAGAUUAUCCAGCCGACGCAGCCCCACGUCAACGACGCCGACACCGUCAGCAGGGUCACGGUCCAGAACCAAUGGACGGAUGGUUUAACGUCACGAUUGCACAUCACAAGUGCACAUCUCUCUGAUUCGGGGAACUAUUCAUGCGUCCCCACAAUUGCAGCCCCUACAAGUGUUAACGUACACGUCAUUAAUGGAGAGCACCCAGCGGCCAUGCAACACGGAAACAAGAACACAGCGCCGUUGUCUUUGUCGCUGCACUGCACCCUUGUAUAUAGUAUCUCUGUCUUCAUAAUAAAACACAUCAGAUGAAACCUCUUGUAAA